UUUUUUUCAGCAAAUGUUAGAGUUUCGACAACUCAAUAUACCCAUGCCCAAAAAAAUUAAAAUCCUUUUUGCAAAAAAAAUUUGUUCUCGCCAAGUGUAAGAGUGAACUUGACGACAACGUUAUCAAAUCAUACCCAUCUUCUUUAAAACAUCUCCUUCAAACACGUUACAUGCAUCCCUUAAAUGUUUUUAUUUGCUUCUUUUUUUUCCUUAAAUCGUGUUCCAGCAACAUAAACAUGAACUCAGAACAGAAAUCAGAAACCCACCCUUUGUUAUUUUUAUCUUUUUUGCAGAAUCCUAAAACAAGAAUGGCGUUGGUGAAGAACGAGAAGAAGAUGACCAAGAGUUACUUUGACGUUCUUGGAAUUUGCUGUACAUCGGAGGUUCCAUUGAUUGAGAAUAUCCUCAAAUCCAUGGAUGGUGUCAAAGAAUACUCUGUAAUUGUUCCAACAAGAACCGUUAUCGUCGUCCACGACACUCUCAUCCUCUCCCAGUUCCAAAUCGUUAAAGCACUGAACCAAGCACGGUUAGAAGCAAAUGUGAGAGUAACCGGAGAAACCAAUUUCAAGAAUAAAUGGCCGAGUCCAUUUGCGGUGGUUACCGGCGUGCUUCUCCUCCUCUCCUUCUUCAAAUAUCUUUACUCUCCUUUCCGUUGGCUAGCUGUGGCAGCCGUAGUCGCUGGAAUCUAUCCGAUAUUCGCCAAAGCUAUAGCAUCCCUUGCAAGGUGUAGAAUCGACAUCAACAUUCUUGUUGUUAUAACUGUGGGAGCAACAGUUGCUAUGCGGGAUUACACAGAAGCUGCAGUAGUUGUCUUCUUAUUCACAAUCGCCGAAUGGCUCCAAUCAAGAGCUAGCUAUAAGGCAAGUGCAGUGAUGCAGUCUCUGAUGAGUUUAGCUCCACAGAAGGCAGUGAUUGCAGAAACUGGACAAGAAGUUGAAGUUGAUGAGCUCAAGAUCAACACAGUUAUAGCAGUCAAAGCUGGUGAAACCAUACCUAUUGAUGGAGUUGUUGUGGAUGGAAACUGUGAAGUUGAUGAGAAGACCUUGACCGGUGAAGCUUUCCCCGUGCCUAAACUGAGAGAUUCAACGGUUUGGGCUGGAACCUUUAAUCUAAAUGGCUAUAUAACUGUGAAAACCACUGCUCUAGCUGAGGAUUGCGUGGUUGCGAAGAUGGCAAAGCUUGUAGAAGAAGCUCAGAACAGCAAAACCGAAACUCAGAGAUUUAUAGACGAAUGUUCCAAGUACUAUACUCCAGCGAUCAUGGUGAUAUCAAUCUGUUUUGCGGUUAUACCACUUGCACUGAAGGUUCACAACCCGAAACAUUGGUUUCACUUAGCACUAGUUGUGUUAGUAAGUGCUUGUCCUUGUGGGCUUAUCCUCUCUACACCAGUAGCCACUUUCUGUGCUCUCACGAAGGCAGCCACAUCAGGACUUUUGAUCAAAGGAGCUGAUUAUCUUGAGACCUUGUCCAAGAUCAAGAUUGUUGCUUUUGACAAAACGGGAACCAUCACUAGAGGCGAGUUCAUCGUCAUGGAUUUCAAGUCACUUUCCAGUGAUAUAAGCCUUCACAGUUUGCUUUACUGGGUAUCAAGCGCAGAGAGCAAGUCAAGCCAUCCAAUGGCUGCUGCACUUGUAGACUAUGCAAAAUCUGUCUCUGUUGAACCAAAGCCUGAAGCCGUUGAGGAUUACCAAAACUUUCCAGGAGAAGGAAUAUAUGGGAAGAUUGAUGGUAAACAAGUAUACAUCGGUAACAAAAGGAUUGCUUCCAGAGCUGGGUGUUCAUCAGUUCCAGAUAUUGAUGUUGAUACCAAAGGAGGGAAGACGGUUGGGUAUGUAUAUGUUGGAGAAACACUGGCUGGAGUUUUCAAUCUUUCAGAUGCUUGUAGAUCUGGUGUAGCUCAAGCAAUGAAAGAACUGAAGUCUUUGGGUAUAAAGACUGCUAUGCUUACCGGAGAUAAUCAAGCUGCUGCCAUGCAUGCUCAAGAACAGCUAGGGAAUGCUAUGGAUAUUGUAAGAGCAGAGCUUCUUCCAGAAGGUAAAUCUGAAAUCAUCAAAGAGUUUAAGAGAGAAGGGCCAACAGGUAUGGUAGGAGACGGGUUGAAUGAUGCACCAGCUUUAGCUACAGCGGAUAUUGGAAUCUCGAUGGGUGUUUCUGGCUCUGCACUCGCAACAGAGACUGGUAAUAUCAUUCUCAUGUCGAAUGAUAUCAGAAGGAUACCACAGGCGAUAAAGCUUGCACGUAGAGCUAAAAGGAAAGUGGUGGAGAAUGUGAUCAUAUCAAUCACUAUGAAAGGAGCAAUUCUUGCGCUGGCUUUUGCUGGUCAUCCACUGAUUUGGGCAGCUGUGCUUGCUGAUGUAGGAACUUGUCUGCUUGUGAUCCUUAAUAGCAUGUUGUUGCUAAGUGAUAAACACAAAGCUGGAAACAAAUGUUAUAGGGAGUCUUCUUCGUCUUCUGUCUUAAUCGUGGAGAAACUUGAAGGUGAUGCUGCUAGAGAUAUGGAAGCAGGUUUCUUACCAAAAAACAGUGGUAAGCAUUGCGAGUCAGGCUGUUGUGGGAAGAAGAAUCAAGAGAAGGUGGUGAAAUCAGUUAAAACCAGUUCAGACCAUGGUCACACUGGUUGUUGUGAGAAGAAACAGGACAAUGUAAAGACGUGUUGCCCAGAACCUGGUGUUCUAGGACAAGGCCGUGACUCUGGGUGUUGUGGUGACAAGACUCAGAAACCACACCAACACCAACAUGGGGUGAAACAAAGCUGUCAUGAAAAGCCAUCCAGCCUGCACAUUGUAACUGGCUCAAAACAAGAAGCCUGUUGUGGAAAGAAGAAUCAAGAGAAGGUGGUGAAAUCAGUUAAAAGCAGUCCAGACCAUGGUCACUCUGGUUGUUGUGAGAAGAAACAAGACAAUGUAAAGACGUGUUGCGCAGAACCUGGUGUUCUAGAACAAGGCCGUGAUUCUGGGUGUUGUGGUGACAAGACUCAGAAACCACACCAUCACCAACAUGGGGUGAAACAAAGCUGUCAUGAGAAGCCACUCUGCCUGGACACUGGAACUGGCUCUGGCUCAAAAGAAGAAGGCUCUUCAACCUUGGUCAAUCUGGAAGGAGAUGAGCAAGGGGAGGUGAAAGCGUUAGUCAAAGCUUGUUGCUCAAGUCCUGCUGAUCCCGUGGUAGCUAGCUUAAAAGAAGAAGCAUGUUCUCAGGCAAAGGAGGCUUGCAAGUCUAACUGUAGCAGCAGAGAGAGGAGCCACCAUGGUAGCAGUUGUUGCAGGAGCUACGCUAAGGAGUGUGGCAGUCACCAUCACCACCACACAAGGGCUGCGGCUGGCUUGGGAAGCUUAACAGAGAUUGUGAUUGAAUAAAGUUCAGUUCUCGCUAACAUUUGUACUCAUAACCUUUUCAUCUUGCAAUCAUCAGAAAGGAUGAUGUAUUAUCAAUCGAGAAACCCAUGUGAUUCAUCAAAGAAAUGUGAAUGAUCCAAUCGUCUCAUGUUAUCAUCGACCA